UUUAACGAGUCACCUUCUGGUCCCUCUCAUUCCGAGCCCAAUCGCCCUUAACUUGAAAGUAGAUCCCAUUGAUCUCAAUGGAAUUUACUUCCACGUAGCCCCAAGUCAUGGAAAAAUCCACUUGUCGCUGGAAAGGUUACUCCUGGCCAGCUCCCAUACAGGUGAAUUGCAGAUGGAACUGGUCCUCUGCUCGCCCGCUGCGACGGUCUCCGGCCCCGCCCACGAAGCCGAUUGGCCCGGGCUCAGUUUAAACGAAGCCGCGCGGUGACGGCUGCCAGCUAGUCGAGAGCCAGCGCGGACUGCCUGAGUGUCGCUAGGAGUCUCUCCCAAGCGUUCCUUCCAGCGAGCCAUCCCGAUUUGCCUUGUGGGGGCGCCAGGAAGAGGACAGAGGGCAAGGAGCGGGUGGGUCCGGCGGAGCGGCGUGGCAAUGAGCAGCCCCGAUGCUGGAUACGCCAGCAGCGACGACCAGGCGCAAGGACGGUGCUCGCUCCCUCCUCCGCUCAUGAUGCAGUGUCCGUGGGCAGAGUCGCUGAGCCCGAUGGCCGAGGGCAAGGGCAAGGGCGAGGCGGCCGCCGAUGCAGGCCAGCAAGGCGGCCCGGGCCGGGCCAAAGGGGAAGCGCGCAUCCGCCGCCCCAUGAACGCCUUCAUGGUCUGGGCCAAGGACGAGCGCAAGCGGCUGGCGCAGCAGAACCCGGAUCUGCACAACGCCGAGCUCAGCAAGAUGCUGGGCCAGUCGUGGCGAGCGCUGACCCAGGAGGAGAAGAGACCCUUCGUGGAGGAGGCGGAGCGGCUGCGGCUGCAGCACAUGCGCGACCACCCCAAUUACAAAUACCGGCCGCGGCGGAGGAAGCAGGUGAAGCGCCUCAAGCGCGGCGAUGGCGCGGCAGAAGGCGGGAGCGGUUUCCUCCCCGUGCAGCAGCAGCACCAGCACCAGCACCACCCGCAGCACCAGCUGGGGCUGUCCAUGGACGCGGGCAGCGGCUGCGAGGGGCUGGGCCUCCCGUAUCCCGAGCAGCCGGGCUACGCCGGCGGGAACUUUCACUACCGGGACUGUGCGCCUCUCCCACUGACUGCUUUGGGCGCCCAUUUCGGGAGCUACAACUUGCCCACCCCAGAGCCCGAGUCUCAGAGCGGCGCCUGCGCGGAGCCCGCCUUUUUCCCUCCUCACCAGCCCGACGAAGGCGGCUGCCUGCUGGGGCCCUACGGCUACCCGACGCCCCCCGGGGCCGAAUACCCUUGCAACGGCGCCCCUGCGGGCAGCAGCGCCGGGUUUUUCCGCGCCCGCUUCGCUGCUCCCGUGGCCGCCUACACCUCUGCUCAGGAUUCCGUGCAGCAGCAGCAGCAGCAGCAACCCUGCCGUCGAGGAGACACCGCUGUCGGCUUGGAGCACCUUCCCCCGCAUGACGUGGAGCUACUGGCCGACGUGGACCGCGCCGAGUUUGAGCAGUAUCUGCCCUUCGGCUGCCCUCCCUACGCGAGCCACGAGGCCUCGGAUGCGAACUCUGCCGCCGCUUACUACUGCGCUGCCGCGGGAGGAGGGGGUGCAUAUCCGGAGCUGUGAGGGACUCAGAGGACUGGAAGGGGGGCAGGACUGGAUCCCUCGGUUCUAUUUAUUGUAAUUUAUUGACUGAAGCAUUUUUAGAAACCAGGCCUGGGAACAUUGAGCGGGGUUUUAAAGUACUGUACCCGCUGUAGCCUUUUUUUGCCCCUUUCCCCCUUUCUCCUUCUUGCUUGUAACCUCCACAUCGGACAGAGCCAGCGAGGCUGCCCUUACAGCUCACUACGAGGCAACUGGCCCGGCGCCUCCGAACCCGCUUCCUUCAAGGGAUCCUUGUACAGAAAGGGGUUGGACGUGGGGAACCCCCAGUAGACGUUUGACUUGGAAAAAAGCUCGGUAAUAAAAUAA